CCAAUGCAGUUUGCCCACAUCCAACAUACCUCUGUAAACCUCUACCAUUAUUCCAAUACAUGCUAAAUUAAUUACCUUCCCUACCUCAUAGUCUAAGUUUUUCGAUAAGAUUUUCAGAAGAUAAAAUUUAAAGUCCUCGGCAUUGAUCAAUCUCCUGUCAUGUCCUCACAUUAGAACACUAUUGUCACAUAAGUGACCUUACUGACUAUUAUAUAUUCUUCUUACCGUCAAAAGAUCCAUGUAAAUAUCCAAAACCAACAGUGAAAAAAUUGAUCCCGCCUGAAUUGAUGUCUUAUUCGUCUGGGCUAUAGAACUCCAUUGAUGUUGACAAAGUGUUAAAAACACAUUGUCUAGACACACCAUUAAAUUGGGAGACAUGCAUUUUGAGUCAAUCCCACAAACAUCAUCUUGUUUCUACAUACUUACUGAAGCAUAACGUGUAUCAGUCUGUGUCAGAAAAUAGUUCCCAACAAAAUCAUUAUCGCAGCUUCAUUUAACACCAUCUGCUGCUGUGAGCAAUAUUUGAUUGUUGUCUCCAGUCGAUAUGGUGUUUUUAUUUAUUUAUGGGUGAAUGGCUUGGUUGGCUUCUCUCAGCUUUGUUGGCUUGUGUUUAACUUUUACUUACCUACGUGUGUCUAUUUUUACUUUUCAUGCUCUGUGCAUAAUAAUCAUAGGACUAUUUUUUUUCCCUUAUUUUUGCUGUAUGCCCAUAUCUGCCUCUCCAAACAUUAUCACUGCUACUCAUGUGUUAUGCGCAAUGUCUCCUCCUGUCCUGGUGGGGGCAGUAAUGCGACAAUGAGCUGCUUGGGAAAACGACGGAAAGUAAAAGAAGUCGAAGUGAGCGAAACUCAAACAUGCCUGUUCAUAUUUACUGCGUUUAAACAAACAGCGGGAUUUUAUGAAUGUUAUUUUCAGUUUCUUUUACUUUAAAUGGUUAUGUAAUAGCUUGCAUUAGACAGUCAACCGAACCGAGAAGAUAGUAUAGCCGCCGUCAUUAGAGGCACUUUCCUUUAGCCUGGUUAGCUAGGCUAGUUAUGAGUGCUAGCCGCGUUAUGGCUGCGACCAACGGCAGAAACAAGGCUUCCGUCAGCCGUACAAGGGAGCACCGAUCCUCCGGGGCCAACAAAGUGCUGGCGGAGAGGAACCCUGCUGUGGUGGCAGUGGGAGCCUGGGUGGAGGACGGUCAGGACUUCCCGGAGCACCCGUCGGCUCUUGCUUUGAUAACCGAGGAGCUCCAGGCAGAGAGGAGGAGGGAGAAUGAAGAGAGCCUGCGACGAUUUCAAGAUGAAGUGCGCCAACGUGUGCAACAGCAAGCCCAAGUCUUCAAGAAGAGCCAGCAGCAUCUGACUGAACCAAUGAUGAAACCUGACAGGAGAAUCCCACAUACAAGGCAUCGAGUCUGGACCCAGCAUGUGCCUGCUGGUGAGAGGAUGAUGUCUGCGGGAGUUGCUACACGACAGAGGGUGAUGGAGGGGAGCUCUUGGGAGUCCAGUGAAGGCAUGAGGCAGGUGAGACUCCGGCUGGCUGCCUGUCGGAUGAGCCCUCGUGGGGAAACGAUGUCAGAUCUUCCUGGAGGCAAAUGGAAUUUUUCUCCAACCAGACAUAAAGCCGAUUAUCAUGUGCUGAGAGGAGAGCAGAAAGUGGAAGAGGAGGAGGAGGAUGUUCAGAGAGAGGAGGAGGGAGAUGAUCAUUUCUUCACCAGUCGCCAUGAAUGUCCCCUUGUUCAGCAGAAGGUGAGUGGACGCGUGUUGUGGGACACUGACAAAUCACAGCCGGAUCCUGAUUUCGAUUCCAGGCUCAGAGUCCCACAGGUCCUGUGGCCUCUGACUGACCAAGAGGAGCUGAGAAGAAGACAGCGUCAGUCUCAGUUCCUGAUGCAGCGCCGUCAGUUCAUGAACACAGAGAGAGAGCAAGUGAAGGACAACAAACAGCACAGGAAACACCUGAAGAGAACCGCACGGAUCAAAGCCGAGAAGGAGCAGAUUCGUCUGGAGGAAGAGAGAAAGUUGGAGAGAGCACGGCAGCUCACGGAGGCCAAACUUAGCCUGGAGGAAAGAGAGCUGCUGAUUCUGGAACGACUGAAGCUUGAAGAGGAGGAGGAGGAGAGAGCUGCGGAGCUGCAGAGGAGAAAAAAAGAGGAAAAUCACAAAGUGGCUACAAGGUUCAUUGAGGCUCUGAAAGCUCAGAUGAAGGAGAGACUGUCACAGGAGAAACCGGAGCCCCCUCCUCUCUGCUGCUGUGCGUCCUCUUUCUGGGACUCCCACCCCGACACUUGUGCUAACAACUGUGUCUUCCACAACAACCCCAGAGCGUAUGCCCAAGCGUUACAUUCGACAAUGUGGAGUUUGGAUCUACGGUAAAGGAAGCUGGUGAGCUGCAGUGGACAAUAUCCUCGGGCUGCAGACUGAAAUACUAGCAAGAAAAACAAAUGAUAGAUGGAUUGCCAUGAAAUUUCAAAGGGGACAUUCAUGUUUUCCACAAGUUGAAUACAAAUUUUCACUUAUAAUUUGAAAUAUCUAACAUCUAUAAGAUGAAUUGUUGCACAACCUGCCUUAUUAUAUUCCCAUCAGCCUUAGGUGAACUUGGUGUUUAGUGGUGUUUAUCAAAUGCUGGCAUGAUUACUCAUUAAUCUAAGACUUUGAACCUGGUAAAAAUAAUUCCUGUUAAACAUCUGCAUGUUAGCAUUAGCAACAUGUUAGUAUGUUGAUAUUGAUGUAAAAGAUUUGGACCAAAGAACCAUUGUUCCCAAGUACAAGAGCCACUAGCAGGGCUGUAGACCCUUUUUCAUAUACAGCCUCACAGAAAUGUAGUUGUAGUUUAUUGAUAAUUAGGGUUCAGAUACUAAGCAUACACUAUGUGCAAUUAGUUAAGGUCAGUUCACAUGAUUAGUAAAGCAUCAGGGAAGUUGUUUGAAUGUGUGUUUGAGGAUUAGCUGUUUUUAUUGUGUGGAGUUUAUAAGAAUCUGUCAUGUUAAUUUAAAAUUUUAAAUAAACUAAAUGAUGUGAUCUUUUUAA